GCACAACAGAGUGUGCCCUGCAGUUCCCCGACCCGUACAUGUACUGGGACACAGUGAUGAAAAUCUGUGUCUUCAUCUUUGGCUUUGUGGCACCCCUCUUAAUCAUCACUGUCUGCUACACGCUGAUGGUGUUGCGUCUGAAGAGCGUGCGGAUGCUGUCAGGCUCGCGGGAAAAGGACCGCAACCUGCGGCGCAUCACGCGCCUUGUGCUGGUAGUGGUGGCCGUGUUCGUGGUCUGCUGGACGCCCAUACACAUCUUCAUCCUUGUCAAGGCGCUCCUGCCUGGAGUGCCUGAGACCACUGAUGUCAUGGCAGCCUACUUCUUUUGCGUGGCGCUAGGCUACACCAACAGCAGCCUUAACCCCAUUCUCUAUGCCUUCCUGGAUGAGAACUUCAAACGCUGCUUCCGUGACUUCUGUUGCCCAGGUGUUGGGAGGGCAGCGGGGGAGAGAUCACGUGGCGUGAGCCGGGUCAGGAGCACUCUGAGGGAGCACGCCUGCACUGGGGAUGGCCACGGCGGGGGAGGGGGGCAAGGCAGGCCGGUAUGACUAGCUGUUGAGCUGGAUUCCCUACAGUCCCAUGGAGACAGAGAGGACUACAAUGACCUGGGGUUGACACAGAUCACUUCUGCCAACUGAUGGCUUAUAGAGAUGGGAGAGAGAGAGAGAGAGGGAGAGAGAGAGAGGAGUUUAUAUUGAUGAGGAUUUCCAAUCAGAGGCUGGUUCUAUGUGAAAUUUUAAUGUCUUAUGACAUAUACCGUGAUAUGAGUAUAAAUAUUUCACUACCUGGUUUGAGACUCCGAAUGAAUAUCCAAAUGCUAAUGAACCAAUGACUAAACACAAUAAAGGGCAGAACAUGCACCUCUGUUUUCUUUGAGGUGUACUGCCUUGUGAAACCAUAAUAUAGUUCAAUAGCAUGAAUUGGGAUGGUAUCUUAGUAUUGAUAGAACAAAAACAUCAGCCAUAACACAACAAUAUUUUCAAAAUAUAGGCCUUUUCUUGUGUAUAUUCACUGUCAGUGUAAAGGGCGGUGAGGCACUGUCAUUGAACAAUGUAUUAUUGAAAGGUUCAGUUGGGUGUGACAAUACUCAGGAAUCUUUGACCUGGUUGUAUAUGUACUGAAACAGUAAUGUUGAUAUAUACUAUCUACUUUUUUCUUGUUUAUUGUUGUGUCAUGAGGUAACUUUAAGGAUUCCUCCAUCGUGGUAGAACAGGCAUUACCCAGAGUGGAUUCAAAACUGCUGUGAAUAUUGCAUCAUAAUAUCUACUUACAUUCUAAUUCAUGCUAUACACUUCUUAAAGUAUACAGACAUUGGUUUUAUUUUCAUUUCAUUAUGGAGGGGCAGAGUGUAAGACAUUUUAUAGAAAAUUCAUAGAGAAAAAAAGCGAUUCUAUGUGCCAAUUUGUUUGUUAUUUACUGCUACCUUUGCACUUUUGAACAGACAGAUAAUAUAAAGUAUUUUGGUAUGUAUGACAAUCAUCAAUGAUUGAAGCAUGUAAAUGAAUGCAAUGUGUAACCAGAUUUUAAAUUCUGCUUUUGCUGCUGUACGUGUGAAGGUGUACAAUCCUCUUGUUUUGAAAUAAUGCACUGUGCCAGCAUAGUACCAGUCAUACCUCCACAUAUGUACACAGGCAACGUCCAGUCUAACCGUCACCAUUAAUGAUGUAAUUACAGAAAGUUUGCCUUGUGUGCCUUUUAAGUUAUAUUCAUUAAUAUUGGUUUAUACUGUAUAUAUCUGCUUAUAAGGAAGGAAGUGAAUUAAGUUUCUAGUCUGAGGUGAAUACCUCCAGGUGUAUUUUAUGUGAUGGAAAAUUUGUGUUCAUGGUUCAGCGUUGACUGAUGUCUUUAUAUUUGUGAUAUUCUAGAACAGUUUAUUGAUGACAUUUAGAAUGUGUGCUGCUUUUAGGUCAAUCUUGUUGGAUAUGUGCCAAAACAUCAUUAAUAUAACCUGAAAUAUUACAAUGUGGAUUAACUGCAUUUAUCUGUGAAUGUCCAAGCUGUUGUUAAAUUGGAUAUUUAUCCUAUUUUGAAUAUGAUAUGUAUCACUUAAACUAACAAUAAACAGAUUAUAUAGUUCAUGGGCCUAACAUUAGCAUAAUGUCAUGUACGUAAAUGCAGGAGUCCACAGCCUAAUUAUAGAAGUAAAAUUUCAAUGAAAACAAUAGCAAAGUUCAUACCACUAGAAUUCCA